AUGACGCUCUUUACCUUUAUAGCAGUACUCUCCUUAGUGGCAAGCAACAUGGCAUGCCCAACUCAUGACAACCACCAGCUGCUUGCUGUAAAAGCAAGACAUCUUGCAGACAGAGCAACAGUAUCGCCAGACUGGUCUUAUCAAGCGUCCUUUGACUGGGGCAGCAUGAACCCAGACUAUGGUCUCUGUCAGACCGGCACACAACAAUCGCCUAUCGCUCUAAGCCUUUCCAAUGGCCUAGCAUCAAAUCAUCGACCGACCUUUCAGUACGACAGCAACGUGACAGGGACUUUCUUCAAUUGGAAUUUCGGGCCUGCCUUCACUCCAUCACAUACUGAAGGCGAGGACUAUACCUCGGCCCCAUCCUUGACUUACGACAACGAGACUACCUACUUAACGGGGUGGCAUUUGCACGCGCCGGCCGACCAUACGGUGGGGGGCAUGCGCUCCAAAGCCGAGAUGCACUUCGUGCACGUCAAUGCCUCGGGCCAUGAGAAAGCUGUUCUUGCCUUCCGCAUCGACCCAGGCAACGUGGACAACGCUUUCUUCGCUCAGCUGCCGGCUAUGAUCGGUUUCAAUGAGACUGACACCGUCCAGGAGGCUACUCUUGACCUCUCACUCGCUCUCGAUAGUGUCAGCUGGUUUAACGAGUACUGGACUUACCAGGGAAGCCUGACCAGCCCACCAUGCUCCGAGGGUAUCCGCUGGUUCAUCGCGCGCGAUAUUCUCUUUGUUGGGAUCGAACAGAUGCAGGCUAUACUGGGUGCGAGCACCUACAGCGCCCGCGACGAGCAGCAGGUCUGGCUUCAUCGCAUAAAUGAAUAG